GGCUUGUAUAUUUUUAUACCUUUGAAACAAGAUGAACAAUCCUGUCCUUGAGGUCCAAAGCAGGUUUUACAGGAAGCUUCACAGGAAUGGCAGGCACUGUAUUUCCCUGGAAACAAAACCAACAAAAAUUCCAAGCAGGUGUAUGGAGUGAAGGGUGAGCCAGUGCACAUUUUUGGCAGAGUGACUCCGCAGCAAGGAGAAGGAGAUUGGCAAGAGAUAAUUGGGGGCUGGCCCAGGGCACCAAAUAAGCCGACUUCUUUGCUCUGCUCAGGUGACAGUGUGUGCAUGCCUCAAAAUGGAGGGUAACCUGACUCACAUGAUACCAGUGGGACAAACCCUAGGGAGCGAAUUUCUGCAGUUGAAGUACAACCUUGGAUUGAUAUUUAAUGGGUGGAAGCGACACAGGAAAAGGCUUCUGUGCUCAGACAAAACUAUCAAAAGGCAGGAUAAAUGUCCUUGAGUGCAGAAAGCUGAAAGGAUGAAAGAGAGUGUGGUUGAAUUCAUCGCUAUGGACGACCAACUAAUGACUCUGGUGAUUUCGCUGUGAAGAUCCCUGUGACUGCAUGUCCUGUCGUCUGACACCUUCACAUUUCCCACUAGAGGAGCUGUACAGCAAAGAUAAGGAGAAUAUUUUUUUUUUCUAAAGAUUUUGUCUCUAAAUGAUUAAAAAUCAUAAAUCAUGCCUAAAAGAGCUGUAAUUAUAUUUUCAGAGGUUCCUGGGUUGUAUUAAGUUUGGGUCCUUAUGUCUUCAGAGUUGGGUCGCCAGAGAAGUUCACUGGUGUAAAACGUGUUUGUUCUUAGUUUAGAAUUUUUCACUCUAAUUUUCACUGGAUGAUACAGAACAAGACUAAAAACAUACUGCAAUCAAUAUUUCUUAAGCUAGUUUUUGCAUGUGAAAAUGAACUUACAAAAAUUAUAUAAAAUUGUAGGUAUAAUAUAUUUUUGCUCGUACUGUCUGGUGCGUACUGUUUUUUUCCCAAUAGUUAACAGGACGAGCGAGCUACCUUGCUCUAUAUCAUAAUAAUUAUAUUUGUAAAGAACUGUACAAGAACUAAAAACUAAGUAAAGAAAAAAAAGGAACAAAAAAAAAAAACAACAAAAUUGAUGAUGAUAGUUCCAUCCGUCAAUCUUCUGACAGCACAGAUUUAAAUGAUCAGCCUCAGACAUUUGAGAGCAAAGACUGAGAUCUGCUCCAAAAGUCACUCGUGUGUUUAUGACAGCGGCUGUUGACAGAAACAGAUUUCAAAACAGGAAUUGUUUAAUUUUCAUUCUUCUCGCCUCCCUGGCUGCACAGGAAACAGUGGCAGAGAGCAAAUGUCUGUCAAAUAUCAUUUGCAGCACUGGCUGCAAUCCAGCAUGUUAACGGGAGACCGACAAUAACCCAUCGCCGUACACGAUCACUGCCUGGAGAUGCUUCAAACAAUGUAAACAAGGCCCAGCAGGGGCAGAUGAGGGAUCAAAGCUGAUUGGGUCUUGCGCUCUGCAUAAUUAUCAAUAUCCCUGCCACCUGCCGCUGGCUGAGCCGUGGCACCUGAGGCAUCUCUGGAAGCACAUGAGUUACAGCGUUGUUUCAUCUGCAUGGAUAUGGUGUGAAGCAGGGGAGAGGGAGAGGGAGAGAAAGAGAAAGACCACCACCAUCAUCAUCAUCAUCACUGCUGCCUUUACAACCAGUUCCCAGACACAGAACAACAGCAGGACACCAGAAAAACACACCAGAUCCAAAUGGGAAAAAAACAAAAACCAACAAAAUGAUGGGAUGCAUUCUGCAAAAAUAAGUGUCGUGAUUAAGGCCUCAUUCUGACAUGAUCAGAUUACACUGUGAAAACCAGAGGACAAGGAUCACACCUUCAUGUCUUACCGAUUUCAAAGAAACAUUGGCCUCUUGUGGCUAAUAACUGGAAGUGUACCUGAAGGCGUAAGCCUCCUCCUCGGCUGACGUCAGCGCCAGCAGCUGGGAGAGGGGGCGUGGCUUAGUUCUGCUGCAGCGGAGAAAUAUGACAUGGGGCUGAGCGAGAGAGAGAGUGCAGAGUGAGAGACGCUGGCAGGAAUUAACGGUUCGUCAGAGGUCUGGACACACCACGCUAACGAUGGGGAGUUAAUGAGUGAAGAGAGACGAAUCCUCUGCGUCCCCAGGGUCUUUCUCUGUGAAACUGACUCUGAAGUCAUGGACUAGAGUUGUGCCUGGUCCUGAUAGUCCUGUGGUCAUCAGAUGGCUUCUCAACAACCUGCAGCAAAAAUACAGAAAAUGAGAACGUGAAGGCUGGCGUCCACCAAGGCCACCGCUGCACCUUGGGCAGCGCACACACAUGAUCACAUGACUCUGGACAUGGACGCGGUCCUGUCAGACUUUGUUCGGUCCACAGGGGCAGAACCGGGUCUGGCAAGAGACCUGCUGGAGGGUAAAAACUGGGACCUCAGUGCAGCUCUGAAUGACUAUGAGGAGCUCAGGCAGGUCCACACUGCCAACCUGCCGCAGGUCUUCAACGAGGGCCGGUACUAUAAGGAGCCAGAGACUCGUGACACGCCCACCCAUGUCAGCAGGAUCGACAGGUCGUGUGUGCAGAAGCAGGAGGACAAUGCACAAGAGAAGCGUCUGUCCCGCGGGAUCUCCCACGCCAGUUCUGCCAUCGUCUCCCUGGCGCGGUUGCAGGUGGCCAGCGAGUGUACCAACGAGCAGUUCCCUCUGGAGAUGCCCAUCUACACAUUCCAGCUCCCAGAUCUCAGCGUGUACAGUGAAGACUUCAGGAGUUUCAUUGAGAGAGACCUGAUAGAGCAGUCCACCAUGAUGGCUCUGGAGCAGGCUGGUCGGCUGAACUGGUGGUCCACCAUGUGCACCAGUUGUAAGAAGCUGCUUCCUCUGGCCACCACAGGGGAUGGGAACUGCCUUCUGCACGCUGCCUCUUUAGGGAUGUGGGGCUUCCAUGACCGGGACCUGAUGUUGAGGAAAUCGCUGUACACCAUGAUGAAGAGUGGAGCAGAGAGAGACGCUCUGAAGAGGAGGUGGAGGUGGCAGCAAACACAACAAAACAAGGAGUCAGGCCUGGUUUACACUGAGGAAGAAUGGGAGAGAGAGUGGAACGAGCUGCUGAAGUUGGCCUCCAGCGAGCCUCGGACUAACCUUAGCAAAAAUGGCAACACCAGUGGAGGUGUGGAUAAUUCUGAGGAUCCCGUCUAUGAGAGCCUGGAGGAGUUCCAUGUUUUCGUGCUGGCUCAUGUGUUGCGCAGGCCCAUUGUGGUGGUGGCUGAUACGAUGCUCAGAGACUCAGGAGGAGAAGCCUUUGCUCCCAUCCCUUUCGGGGGACUCUAUCUGCCGCUGGAGGUGCCACCGAGCCGCUGUCACUGCUCGCCGCUGGUCCUGGCCUACGAUCAGGCUCACUUUUCAGCACUGGUGUCCAUGGAGCAGAGAGACCAACAACGGGAACAAGCUGUUAUUCCUCUGACCGACUCCGAGCACAAGCUGCUGGCACUCCAUUUUGCCGUGGACCCCGGCAGGGACUGGGAGUGGGGGAGGGACGACAAUGACAACAUCAAGCUAGCCAAUCUCAUCCUGUCUCUGGAGGCCAAACUCAACCUGCUGCACAACUACAUGAAUGUAACAUGGAUUCGAAUUCCAUCUGAAACAAGGGCUCCCUUGGCUCAGCCAGAGUCUCCGACAGCCUCUGCAGGUGAGGAUGUGCAGUCUUUGGCAGAGUCCAUGGACUCUGACCGUGAAUCUGUCGGCAGUAACUCCAACAUCAACACUGGCAAGCCCAGCAAAGAGAGCAAAGACAAAGACAAGCAGCGGAAGGACAAGGACAAAGGCCGGACUGACUCUGUAGCCAACAGAUUAGGCAGCUUCAGCAAAACCCUGGGUAUCAAGCUGAAGAAGAACAUGGGAGGUUUGGGUGGCCUCGUGCACGGCAAAAUGAACAAAUCUAAUUCUGGCUCAGGUCGUGGUGGGGAAGGUGGAGGGGAGAAGACCAAGAAAAAGGAGUCAAAGACAUCCAAGGCUAGCAAGGAGGAGUCGGGCCAGUCCACCAGCUCCACCUCUUCUGAAAAAGCCACCAGUCCCUCACCAACAGAUAAUGACAGACCCUCCAGCUCCUCCCCCACUGAGAGACAGGACAGUUCAGGGAGAAGCUCAGGAGACAAGACCAUGGAAAACUGGAAGUACAGCACUGACGUCAAACUCAGUCUCAACAUCCUGCGGGCUGCCAUGCAGGGGGAGCGCAAGUUCAUUUUUGCAGGCCUCUUGCUCACCAGUCAUCGGCAUCAGUUCCACGAGGAGAUGAUCAGCUACUACUUGACUAAUGCGCAGGAACGAUUCAGCCAAGAGCAGGAGCAAAAGAGGAAAGAGGCCGAGAAGAAGGCAGUCGUAAAUCCUGAGGUGGCCGCCAAAAAGUUGGAGCAUGAGAGCGUCUUGCAGAGGGAGAGAUCGGACAGCUCGCCUCCUGAGAGUUGCUCUCCUGUCCUGCCCCACCACACCUACAGCCACAGCUCGCAGCCCCCGCUGGUCCUUAAAACGCAGGGCAGAAACAGCCCCAUUCCCGCGGCCCCACUCAUGUCCGCCCCAGUGCCUCCCCUCACGCCGCCUACAGUCCCACAUCUCGUCUCACACCCAGCCCCAGCCCCCGCACCCUACUCCUCCCCCAGUAUUGGUGCUAAGAGACCUGGGCCCGUUCCUGUGUCUGCCCACUACAGCCAUACGCCACCCAUCCAGAGGCACAGUGUGAUCCACAUACAAGAUGUCAACAUGCAAUCCUCCAUCUUCCAAGAUGAGCCCUACAAGCCAGUGGUGGGGUCCCUGAAGACCUGCGCCACCUACCCCCAGCAGAACCGCACGCUCUCGUCACAGAGUUAUAGCCCUGCUCGCCUGUCGGGUGUGCGCACCGUCAACACCAUGGAGAUGCUGGCCUACAACAUGCCCGGCGAACACAAGUCCCAUACCUACACCAACGGAUUUGAUGCGGGAGACAUUCAGGACUGCCUGGAGUUUGCUGAUGAGGACAACUCGUCUCACACCUGGCUCAACAAAGACAAAACCAAAGGGCGGAGUUCUGGAAGCCCUUUGUACUGCUUUCAGCAGCACCGCUGCAAGAGGGAGAACUGCUCUUUCUACGGCAGGCCAGAGACAGAAAACUACUGCUCCUACUGCUACAGGGAGGAGCUGAAACGCAGGGAGAGGGAGGGCAAAGCGCAGAGGCCUGAAUAGCCAUCACCGCCACUCGCCAUCAAGGCCGAAGGAGACUUAAGGGAACGACACCAUCUGCACUCCGCAUUUAGAAUAACACGGUGGCAAACAUUUUUCCUAAUUUUGUCAAGGAAUGCUCUUGUGAUCCCGUCACCCUUUCCUUGUCGGCAAAGGUUGUUACUGUAUGAUGGAGGAAGCAGAACCUGAAACAGUGAGCAGCUUUGGCCAGAAAAAUGUGCUGUUGGGUUUUUGUUCGUGUCUCACUGAAUUUAGCCUUUUACUUGUUUUAGAGUAAAAGCCAUCUCAUUUUAACUCUCUGUAUGUGAGGGAAAGCUCUUUAUCUUUUUUUUUUAUUAUUUUGGAAGUUUGAAGGAUUUGCAUCUUAUGUGGAAGGAACAUUUUAGCUCUUUUAAUCAGUUUCAAUGCAAUACCUCGACUUGGUUUUCUCAAAAGGUGUAGAAAAUUUGUAGUUGUUUUGCAAUCCAAAUGAAUUCAACGGGAGAUUAUUUUAGACUCCAAAGCAAUAAAUUGGUGAUUUUUGCUACGCUCACUCCCAUAUUUGUCUAUGCACCAAUAACAUGAUUGCUGUAGGUUUAUCUGUGUCUCAUAAAUUGUAAAGGAUUGUCAUGGUGUGCUUUUUGUAAACUACAAGAAUUAGGUGUGUGGGCAUUUUAGAUUGUAUGGUCAGAUUAGAAUGAAAUGUAAAAAUCUCACUUGUCACUAGUUAACCGUCGUCAUUAUGACACCGCAGGGGUUUGUGGUGUGAAAAUUGGAUGCAAAAAAAAAAAAUUGUGACGACGUCAUAGUUGCCCUAAAACCACAAGCACUGCCAAAAACAGGCUUCUUUUAAAAGAUGAAAAAGAAAGGUUGACUCAAUAUUUCCAAACAUUUGUGCCAAAAACUGAAAAGUAUACGUAGGACAAAUAUGCCUUCAAAACAUGCAGUGUUUUAUGGUGUGUUUCUCUAAGUCACCCGUUUGCUCCUCUAUGCCCAUAAAUGUGUUAGAUGAGAUGAAUUGUGGGUAGUGAGAGCAGGCUUGAUGCGUAUUUGUCCGUUGUGUGCUUAUGUGUUCUUUUUCCCUCCCCUUCUCUCUACAUUUGCCACAGGACGUGCAAUCAUGCUACUAGCACUACACCGUGGUGGCCCGCAGUAUAGUCGUGUCACCCACACAGUGUGAGAUUGUGUUCUUCUUCUAUAACGUAGAGGCCGUUCAGAGAAGCACCUGCUGCUACGAGCACCUCAAGCCUUUGUGAUCGUCAGUGCUUUAAUCAAUCAGUGGGUUUGUAGAAAAAAAACAAAAACAAAUAAAAAAAA